AUUCUUGUGCCCUGUGUCCAGAGACGAGGAAACAGGCAACAAGAGGUCAAAGUAAUUGGAGCAGGUAAUAGCUAGAACAAGUGGCUUUGGAGGCUGAACGCCGGAGACGAGAACUUCGCCAGAAAGUGGGAACGUGGAAUAUCUGUAUUAGUCACUACUCUUUGGAGAACAUCUGCUGUGUACCAGGCUGUCAUACUUCGCUUUUUGUUUCUGGUUAUAAUUGCAAGUAGUGUAGCUUCUCAUGGUUCAAACAGCUAGGAAGAGUGACAGGAAGGACUGUGUGACCCAAACUCUUGCCUCACUUGCAGAAAAGUAGCAGCUACUAGGAUCAACCUCUGAGUGAGUCAUGUCUUCUGAGGUUUGAGGGCAUUUGAAACAGUGUAAUGAUGGCUUCCCACAUAGUUUUUGAUGAAGCCAGCACUUUCGUAGGGUCGUUGAAUAGCGAUGUACUCAAAAGAGUAUUCAAGAUUUCACAGAGAUGAUGAGAGCCUUGGGAUACCCACGACAUAUUUCUAUGGAGAAUUUCCGCUCACCCAACUUUGGGCUUGUCUCUGAAGUGCUUCUGUGGCUUGUGAAAAGAUAUGAGCCACAGACUGACAUCCCUUCUGACAUUGAGACGGAACAAGACCGAGUUUUCUUCAUUAAGGCAAUUGCCCAGUUCAUGGCCACAAAAGCACAUAUAAAGCUCAAUACUAAGAAGCUUUACCAAGCAGAUGGGUAUGCCGUGAAAGAGCUGCUGAAGGUCACAUCUGUUCUUUAUAAUGCUAUGAAGACCAAAGGGAUGGAGGGCUCCAAAGUAGGAGAGGAAGAUAUCAGCAAAUUCAAGUUUGAUCUUGGCUCUAAGAUUGCAGACUUGAAAGCAGCCAGACAACUUGCUUCUGAAAUUACUGCCAAAGGAGCAUCUCUGUAUGACCUGCUGGGCAAAGAGGUCGAGCUGAGGGAACUGAGAACAGAAGCCAUUGCUAGACCUCUAGAAAUAAACGAGACUGAAAAAGUGAUGAGAAUUGCAAUAAAAGAUAUCUUGGCACAGGUUCAGAAGACUAAAGACCUGCUCAAUAAUGUGGCCUCUGAUGAAGCUAACUUAGAAGCCAAAAUUGAAAAGAGAAAAUUAGAACUGGAAAGAAAUCGGAAGCGACUACAGACCCUGCAGAGUGUCAGGCCCGCCUUUAUGGAUGAGUAUGAGAAGAUUGAGGAAGAAUUGCAGAAGCAGUAUGACGUUUAUCUAGAGAAGUUCCGGAACCUGGCUUACCUGGAACAGCAACUUGAGGAUCAUCACCGGAUGGAGCAGGAGAGGUUUGAAGAAGCUGAGAAUACUCUCCGUCUAAUGCAGAGUAAGCUAAAGGAAGAGGAAAAGCGGCUGCUCAAGAGUGGAAGUAACGAUGACUCAGACAUAGACAUCCAGGAGGACGAUGAAUCUGAUAGUGAGCUAGAGGAGAGAAGGCUGUCGAAGCCUCGGACAGCCAUGGAGGUGCUCAUGCAAGGUGGUGCUGUCUCCAUGCUUAGUUUUCAGCCUGAAUGGUACUUCCAUCAUGGACUCAGUUGUGCUAAGGGAGGCCCAGCAAACGCAUCGUGGGCACAAUGCAGGGUGGAGACUCAGAUGAAGACGAAGACUCAGAGGACAGUGAAAUUGACAUGGAAGAUGAUGAAGAAGAUGAUGAUGAUUUGGAAGAUGAGAGCAUUGCUCUCUCACCAGCUAAGCCCAGUCGAAGGGUCCGGAAACCUGAGCCCCUGGAUGAAAGUGACAAUGAUUUCUGACCUUCUUGCCAAGGGACACAGGCAGAUUAAGAGCCUCAGAUUUCUAGGUAAACAGGGAAUCAACAGGCUGGAAAGGUAACAUGUAUUUUUUUCACUACACCAUCUGGGCUUAAACAUUUGUUUCAUUACUGAAACAAAUCCCAGCCAAGAUUUUCUUUUGUUUUAUUUCCUAACAUUUGGGAGAUACAUGUGUUCUAAGUAAUUCAAAUCCACAAGAAAAGAAAAAUAUAAACUGACACCAUGUAA